UGCUCAGAGAGCCCGGUUCAGUGAGUUGUGGGCCCAAGAACGUGACGGUUGAACAUCGCAAGUGCAAGUGGAAGUCGAGGGUACCACCGAUCAGCAAGUCUAGAUGUCAAGAUGCCGGCUCAUUGGCAGUGGCUUCUUCUUGUUGGCCUCCUCCUGUUGAUUCCGCACCAUUCAGGGGCGGCCUCCAAAAGAGUGAAACUGUGCCUGCAGCCCAUGAUCAGUGGUCGGUGCUUUGGAUACGUGGAAAGCUUUGCCUACAAUCCCAUUAAGCGCCAUUGCGAACCCUUCAUCUACGGCGGUUGUGGCGGCAAUGACAAUCGAUUUGGCACCAAAGCUGAGUGCGAGUUCAACUGCCGGGAUGUUUGAGAAUGUCAGCCGAAAUGUUUGAGAAUGUCAGCCGAAAUGUCACAGUUACCAUAGCUAUCAUUAAAGUUAAAAGCCACACUCAUAGGUAAAAAAAAACUACAAGCUGGCGGUUAUGUUUCUAUACAUUCCAAGUUGAAUUAAUGCGGCUACAUCUUAGAUACUAAAUCGAAAGGUUAAGGGAAGUCAGCA